AUGUCUUACAAUGAGGUUCCCGACUAUGGGAAAUGUGGCCUCAACGACAUUGUGGAACCGAUUUUUGGCCUUCAAGCCAUGUUGUCUGCUCACACCGCUGAACACGUCCGAUACCAGCAGGCAUGGAAAAUUCCGCCCACUAUGUUUGACCCCUUGGAAAAUUUUGCAAAUGAAGAGGAGGAAGAGUGCUCCUUCAGCUCUCACAAGGAAAGCUUGGACCUCCCCGCUCUUAGUCUUACCCUCCAUCCUCCUAAUUACAGGUUCACCACUGGGCACCCCACCAAUUACCUGCUGCCGUGGCUGAAUUCUGGGCUGCACAGUUUCUGCUGCUUCCCACUGAUGGAAAGGAAGUUGGAUGAAUUUAAUGGCUUGUUCUUUGAUAUGGCCAAAAAUAGGCAAACCUUGGAUUUAAUGAAAAAAUCUGAAGAGACUUGUGGAAGCUCUGGAGAGAAACUGGUGAGGAAUCAAACCCACGCUAAUGCUCCAGUGGUGCUCAGCUUAAAUCCAUACAGCUAUGACGAAGGCUGCCUAAGCAGCAGCGAGGAUCACAUUCCAUUGGCUGCACUGCCCCUGCUCGCAAUCUCUUCCCCUCAAUAUCAGGAUGCAGUCACAAUGGUGAUUAGCAGAGCGAAUCAGAUUUACAACGAGUUCCUGAAGUCUGAGGAUGGGAUUGGAUUCAAUGGCCAGGUUUGCUUAAUUGGUGACUGUGUUGGAGGUAUUCUGGGAUUUGAUGCCUUGUGUUACAGUGCACAUACAACAUGUGAAAGCCAGAACAGCAGCAGGAGGGGGAGUAUUGGCAGCAUACAGGAUAACACACUUUUAACAGAUGAAGCUGGAUCUGACUUAGGCUCCAGUAAACAACUUAGCAAAAGCAACAUAGAUAUCUCAGGGAUUGAUACUGAGGAACCAAGGAAACCGUUGCCAAGGAAACAGAGUGACUCUUCAGCCUAUGAUUGUGAUACCAUAACACAGCAUCGUGCUUUUUUGUCAAGAAGUCAUUCCAGUGCAUUAAAUGAUGACCCUGAUUUACAAAGGACAUGUAGCAGUAAUUUAUUGGAAGGAAACCCAGGACGAUUUGAUUUUGACGUCUCUGACUUCUUCCUCUUUGGUUCCCCAUUGGCUUUGGUUCUGGCCAUGAGGUGGACAGUACUUCCUUCAGUAGAUGUGACCCACCUGCGGCCUGCUUGUACCCAGGUGUACAGCCUCUUCCAUUCAGCCGAUCCCUCUGCCUCUCGGCUGGAACCACUGCUGGAGAAAAAGUUCCACCUUCUGGCUCCAUUCUCUGUUCCAAGGUACCAACGAUAUCCUUUGGGAGAUGGGAAUUCUGCUCUUCUAGCUGACUUCUUACAGAGCCAUAUAUCUCUCUUUCUGGAAAGUUCCAAUACACCCACGUCCCCUAACACGCUACUGAUGCAAUUGCAACGAGGGAUGCGAAGAGGCAGCCAAACCAGCAUUACCAGCGAGGUGUCAGGAUCUUCAGAAGGUAUCUUUGCAGCCAAUAUUGCCAGCAUUACCACAAAAUGGUGGGGGACAAAAAGGAUAGACUACGCACUGUACUGCCCUGAUGCAUUAACAGCUUUUCCAACUGUGGCACUACCACACUUGUUCCAUGCCAGCUACUGGGAAUCAACUGAUGUGUUGGCAUUUGUUUUACGGCAGGUAAUGAGGUAUGAAAGUGUGAAUAUAAAGGAGAGCGACAGCAAGGAUUCAUCCACAUGCAAUGAAUCAAGCACUCGGGAGAAAUGGCUUCGCAGACGAACACAAGUGAAGCUUAGGAAUGUAACAGCCAAUCACCGAGCCAAUGAUGUCAUCAUAGCAGAAGGUGGCCCCCAGACAUUGGUGGGAAGGUUUAUGUAUGGACCCCUGGACAUGGUCACCCUGACUGGAGAAAAGGUCGACAUCCUCCUCAUGACACAGCCGCCCUCAGGAAGGUGGGCGUAUUUUGACACUGAGAUCACCAGCAACAGUGGCAGAAUCCUAUACACCAUUCCAGAUGGAAAGAAGCUCAGUGUUGGAGUCUACCCUGUGAAGAUGGUUGUAAGAGGUGACCAGACUUUUGCAGAGAGCUACCUUACAGUGCUGCCAAAGGGGAUGGAAUGUGUCGUCUUCAGCAUCGAUGGGUCUUUUGCUGCUAGUGUCUCUAUCAUGGGCAGUGACCCUAAGGUCAGAGCAGGAGCUGUGGAUGUGGUCAGACACUGGCAGGACCUGGGCUACCUCAUCAUUUACAUUACCGGUCGCCCAGACAUGCAGAAGCAGCGAGUGGUGUCCUGGCUGGGUCAGCAUAACUUUCCCCAGGGCAUGAUCUUCUUCUCUGAAGGCCUGGUCCACGACCCCCUCCGACAAAAAACCAUCUUCUUACGCAACCUCGUGCAAGAGUCCCACAUCAAGAUCUCUGCUGCCUAUGGUUCAAUGAAAGACAUUUCAGUCUAUAACGUCCUGGGAUUGCCAGCACCUCAAAUCUAUAUCGUUGGGCGUCCAUCCAAAAAGUAUCAGAACCAAUGUCAGUUUCUCUCCGAAGGUUAUGCUGCUCACUUGGCCCAGCUGGAGUUCAGCCAUCGAUCCCGCCCAAAGAAGAGCAACUCUCGGAUGAUUUUGCGGAAGGGGAGUUUCGGCCUCUCCGCUCAACCCGACUUCCUUCGGAAAAGAAACCAUUUGCGCAGGACUAUGUCAGUGCAGCAACCCGACCCGCCUUCCUGCAAUCCCAAGCCGGAGCGAGCCCAGAGCCAGCCAGAGUCUUAUAAGGAGGACAGACACCCCCACAGCAUAGCCUGGGCCCGUAGCGGAGGCUCCAGAUCAGAGCCAUGUGUGUGAGCAGUGUACCAUAGGCAACAGAGAGUUCCAGGCUUUAUCGAGAGUCUGAAGGUGCACUGAGAAAGCCCUUUUGAGGCCCUUUGUACAUUCUUGUUCCAGAAGGUUUUGGGCUGGAAUUUCCUCUUGUGUCCAAUCAACGGUGGAUGUGCGUUGGGCAGCACUUCCACCCUUACUAACGACCUGGCACUGACCCCAGCGACGCUUUACAGGUCACUUAAAUAAAAUAGACAGGCUCCCCAAGGUACUGGAAGGCCAUCACCGUAGGGGGAGAAGCUUUGCCCUCUAGGAGGAUAUA